UUGCCAAUUAACACUUCAACAUUUUCGUUUGCCGUUUCAAUCUCUAUCACACCCCAAAUCCCUUUUUCUACCCCAAAACGUAUAAGAGAUGGAUACAAAAGUCUUGUCCUCCGGAAUCCGAUACACCAAUCUUCCGGAAAGUUAUGUCAGGCCGGAAUCGGAAAGGCCCCGCUUGUCUGAAGUCUCAAUCUGCGAAAACAUUCCGGUUAUUGAUUUGGAUUUUCCGGACAGAGCUCAAACGGUUCAGCAAAUUAGCGAUGCGUGCAAGUACUAUGGCUUUUUCCAGGUGAUCAAUCAUGGAGUUUCUAUGGAAGCCGUGGAAAAAAUGUUACGGGUUGCCAACGAAUUUUUCGAGCUCUCUGUAGAGGAGAAGAUGAAGCUGUACUCAGAUGACCCGUCGAAAACGAUGAGACUUUCGACUAGUUUUAAUGUAAAAAAGGAGACCGUUCAUAAUUGGAGAGACUAUCUCCGGCUCCACUGUCAUCCUCUUGAUAAGUACGUGCCUGAGUGGCCCUCCAAUCCUCCUACCUUCAAGGACAUUGUGAGCAACUACUGCAAAGAAGUUCGAGAACUUGGGCACAGAAUAGAAGAGUUAAUAUCAGAAAGUUUGGGCCUAGAGAAGAAUUACAUAAAGAACACAUUGGGUGAGCAAGGACAGCAUAUGGCUGUGAACUUUUACCCACCAUGUCCAGAACCAGAGCUCACUUAUGGCUUGCCGGGACACACUGAUCCCAAUGCGCUAACCAUUCUCCUCCAAGACCUCGGCGUUUGCGGGUUACAAGUGCUCAAAGACGGCAAAUGGGUUGCCGUCAAUCCUCACCCGAACGCCUUUGUUAUUAACAUCGGCGACCAGUUACAGGCUCUAAGUAAUGGGAUUUAUAAGAGCGUGUGGCACCGUGCCGUUACGAACAGUGAGAGGGCAAGGCUUUCUGUAGCUUCCUUCCUGUGUCCACAGGAUGAUGCGCUGAUUAGCCCGGCAAAGACUCUCACGGAGGAUGGAACUCCAGCCAUUUAUCGGGGCUACACUUACACCGAGUAUUACAAAAAAUUUUGGACUAGGAACCUGGACCAAGAGCAUUGUUUGGAACUCUUCAAGAACUAGACAACUAGUAGCGAAUCUGAAACAGGGAUCGGCAUGGCAUGGAGGUGUUUAGUGUGAUUUGGUAGAAUUAUGGAUCAACCGAUCAAUGAUGGCACUGCUUCAUGUUUUUUUCUUGUAGAGUGCCGUGUUUAGCCACAAGGCUUACCCUACUGUCUACAAGUACCCUAGUCCCUUGUGUUGUGUCUAUAAGUUCAAUAAUUUCCUGCAUCUGUUUUUCUUGGUCGAACUCGAAAUUACCUCCAUUGCUGUUCCAUCCGGUGGGGUUAAACUGUUUUUGUAUGCAACUAGAAGAAUGGAAUAAACCCUCUGAUCUUUAAGGUUCUGAAUAAAAAUGUGGAUGUUUGGUGA